CCAAAUGCCAUGGAUGUAUUCAAUUACACCUACUGGAAUGCCUCUGAAGGCAAUGACACAGAGGUUAAGGAAGAGAGCGAAGGAAGCGCCUACAAGACCGUGGAAGUGGUGUUCAUCGUGUUGGUGGCUGGUUCCCUCAGUUUGGUCACAGUUAUUGGAAACAUCCUGGUCAUGCUUUCCAUCAAAGUUAACAGAAACUUACAGACUGUCAACAACUAUUUUUUAUUCAGCCUUGCAUGUGCUGACCUAAUUAUCGGACUCUGCUCUAUGAACUUGUACACAGUCUACAUAGUAAUGGGGUACUGGCCCCUUGGGCCGGUUGUGUGCGACUUGUGGUUAGCCUUGGACUAUGUUGUCAGCAAUGCGUCUGUCAUGAAUCUGCUCAUCAUAAGCUUUGACAGAUACUUCUGUGUCACCAAGCCCCUCAGCUACCCUGUCAAAAGGACCACCAAGAUGGCAGGAAUGAUGAUUGCUGCUGCCUGGGUUCUGUCUUUCAUCCUCUGGGCACCAGCCAUUCUCUUCUGGCAGUUCAUUGUUGGUGGGCGGACAGUGCCUGAGAAGCAGUGCUAUAUUCAGUUCUUCUCUAAUGCCGCCGUUACGUUUGGCACGGCCAUCGCCGCCUUUUACCUGCCCGUCAUUAUCAUGAUUCAGCUCUACUGGCAGAUCUCCAGAGCCAGCAAGAGUCGUGUAAAGAAGGAUACCUGCAAGCCAUCAGGAGCCAACCCAGAGCCUGUGUCCCCUGGCCAGAGGAGGAACAACACACCAAAACCCAACAAUAACAAUGUGCCAGGGGAAGAUACGGGGCGUUCCCAGAAUGAGAAUGCUGAUGAUGGGGCUAUUCAGCAUGAUGAAAAAUUGCAGAAUGGUAAAGGACCUUCCUCGACCAAUGCCGAGGGGGAAAACGAAGGAGACGAUUUAACAAGGGAGACCUGCGCCACUGGAGAAGAGAAAGAGAGCUCCAAUGACUCCACAUCCGGCAGUGUGGCCGCAUCCAACCAGAAGGAAGAGGAAGCCGUGCCAUCCACAGCCAAUUCCAGUGCUGAGGCAAGCCAACCACUCCCACGUCAACGAGCCAAGGCAGGGGGCUCCAAACUGACCUGCAUCAAGAUCAAGACUAAAUCACCCAAGGGUGACUGCUACACACCAUCCAACACCACCGUUGAGAUCGUCCCAGCCUCAGAUCGGCAGAACCACGUGGCUCGGAAGAUUGUGAAGAUGACAAAGCAACCUCCCAACAAGAAGAAGAAAGCAGCAUCAUCACGGGAGAAAAAAGUGACCCGCACCAUCAUGGCCAUUCUGGUAGCUUUUGUAGCCACCUGGACUCCUUAUAAUGUGAUGGUGCUCAUUAACACCUUCUGCUCCAGCUGUAUCCCCAACACAGUGUGGACUAUUGGCUACUGGCUGUGUUACAUCAACAGCACCAUCAACCCUGCCUGCUAUGCUUUGUGCAAUGUCACAUUCAAAAAGACAUUCAAACAUCUUCUCCUUUGUCAGUAUAAAAAUAGUAGGUCAGCCAGAUAA